AUGUCAAUGGCUCUUAUUGUUGCUUCUACUUCUGCUAUAGGGGUUCAGAUAUCGGCUGUAGUGACCUCCCUGAUGAUAUUUUCAAAUACUACCUUGGUCAAGAUGAGUCGUGGUGAUAGCCUGUUGAAUUUUAUUAAAGUAGGUUCUUCUAAAUGGGAUCGCUUGUCGGAGGGUGAUGAGAAGAAUACUCAUACUCUUUUAUUUUGUCUUUCUAUCAUUCAUCUGUCUCGGGGCCCAAUCACUCUAGGGGAAUUUGUUGCUGCUGUGGCUAACGAGGAUUGGGAUUUUUUCAAGAUCUUAUCUACAAAUGAUAGGAGAAGUCUUUUUGCAGAUGCUUCACGUACCUUGAAGGAAAAACGUGAGGUCCUUGAGUGA